UGUCAGUUUCUUAAUUCUGUAAAUAAUUAAUAAAGACAUAAAAAGCUCAUGUAAAAUUUACCAGUUUUUAAUAAUGGUGUAGAAUAAAAUACACAUUUGUAGCGAUGGGGAAGGCUAACAGUAAAAAUUUGUCAACGACAUUGCAUCAUUGCACCCUAUGGAAGACCAACCGCAGUCCUUCAUGCAGGAACGUGAUGAUGGCUUUAGACGCCAUGAACAUCAGUCUUACAGAAGUUGACGUCAACAUGGACAAAGCUGAACAUCGUGAAUCAGAGCUUACAACAAUGAAUCCCAAGCAGAGCUUACCCAUAUUAAAAGACAGGAACUUGAUUUUAUGUGACAGUCACGCAAUAAACACCUAUAUAGCGUCUAGAUAUUGUCGCUCGGACUACACUUUACCCGAAGACCCGGCGGGCCGAGCGAUUGUCGAUCAACUGUUGCAUUUCAAUAGUGGAGUCCUCCAACCAAACUACCGAGCUGCUUGUCACCCAAUUUUUUACGAAAAUUGUCAAUUCGUAGCUCCUCAAUUCGUCAAUGAGAUAGAGCACUCGUACCAGGACUUGGAGAACAUGUUGGUGGGUAGAGCGUGGUUCAGUGGAUCUCGAUACACUCUCGGAGACAUAGCCAUCGCGUCUACUGUCAGCACGCUCAAUGUUGUAGUUCCGAUAGACGAGAAAAGAUUCCCAUUGCUGUCGGGCUGGCUAUUUAAAAUGUCCGAACAGCCAUUUUAUAUCACAGCAAAUAAAAAAGGACUGCAAGAGUUUUGGAAAAGAAUCGACUCAGGUAACGAUGCUGAUAAUAGCGAAGUAAAAAAAAUGCAGCGGACUUCUUUGACCAGGAGAUCUCAUGGAGGCAGAUUAUCUGAAAAAUGAUGUUGUAAAUUAUUUAUUUUGCUCGUCAAAUAAAACAA